AUGGCGGCCGGAAACGACAUGACAAAUGGCACGCAGAUCAAUGCCGCUCAUGAUGAAUCCCACGUAUUGCAUAACUCGCUCGUCUCGAAGCCGCCCACAGUCGCGUCUGCGUCAGGGUCUUACAUCACCAUGUCCACGGGGCAGCGCGUGCUCGACGCCUGCGGCGGUGCUGCUGUCACCAUCAUUGGCCACAAUGACCCCGACGUCAACGCUGCCGUCGCGGAGCAAAUGACCAAAGUCUGCUACACCCACACCGUGGCCUUUACCACGAAUGCCGCUGAGGAGUUGGCAGACUACAUCCUCGGCGAGAACCCUCAUGGACUUACCCGGGCGUUCUUCGUGUGCUCCGGCAGCGAGGCCAUGGACUCAGCUCUCAAACUUGCACGACAAUACUAUGUUGAGAUUGGCCAACCUGAGCGGACGCACAUCGUCUCGAGACACCGAGCAUACCAUGGCAAUACCGUUGGAGCAAUGAGCGUGGGCAGUCAUGUUUCGAGAAGAGCCCCAUUCGAAGAGGCGUUGAUGCUCGAUAACGUGAGCUUCGUGAGCCCGACAUAUGCCUACCGACACCAGCUUCCCGACGAGGAGGAGGAGGAGUACGCCGCGCGGCUAGUUGAAGAGCUGGACCAGCAUUUCCAGGCGAAGGGGCCAGGUACUGUCAUGGCCUUCAUAUCCGAGCCUGUCGGCGGCGCGACCGCCGGGUGUCUCACAGCGCCCAAAGGGUACUAUCAGGGCGUCCGCCGCGUUUGCGAUAAAUACGGCAUUCUUCUCAUCCUGGACGAAGUCAUGUGCGGUAGCGGACGGACGGGAACAUAUUUUGCCUUUGAGCAAGAAGGCGAGGGUAUGUACCCCGACCUCAUUACCAUGGGAAAAGGACUGGGCGGAGGCUUCGCCCCCAUGGGAGCCGUUCUCGCCCACGACAAGGUCAUCAAGGGUUUCCAAAAGGGAAGCGCCUGGUUCGUACACUCGCAUACCUACCAAGCUCAUGGAGUCGGCUGCGCCGCUGCUCUCGCUGUCCAAAAGGUGCUUCGCCGGGACCAGCUUGUCGAGCGGUGCGCCGCCAAGGGCAAGUGGCUUCACGAGGCACUGGUGACUACAUUUGGCGACCGUAAAUACGUCGGUAAUAUCCGUGGUAAGGGCUUGUUCUGGGGCAUUGAGUUUGUGAAGGACAAGAUGACAAAGGAGUCGUUUGAGCCGAGUCUACGCUUCACUUGGCUCAUUGUUGACGAAGCGCUACGGCGUGGACUGUCUGUAUACCCGGGAGCCGCUACCGCGGACGGGUUCAAGGGUGAUCACAUCAUCAUUGCUCCUCCAUACAAUAUGUCGGAUGAAGAGUUUGAUGAGAUGCUACGUUUGUUGAAGGACACCUACGACAUGGUCGAGAAGCAGGUAGAGGCCCUCGCCGAUGGCAAGUAA